AUGAAUACCACGCCAGAACAGAUCCUUGACAUUGAAGAUGCUCUCGUUUCAGACGAGCAUCCAAUUGAUAGUGCAGUUGCUGCGAUGGACCGCUACACGAACACGAUCGAAUCACGCAUGCAGUCACUUUUGCCAAUAUCUUGGGAUGCACCAUUCUUUACCGAUACAGAGCUUGAUGCGGCUUUAGUGCCAAAGGUAUGCUUUAUUCGCUCCUUUCUGACCCGAGUGAGGACCCCACGUUUUAAGCUAGUCGCGCCCGGCCUAGAGGUCCCGCACGACAAGGAAGCCUUCGCAGCAUGUCAGAUAUUUAACGCGGAAGGUCGGGGCAGAGAUGUCCCGUCAUUCCUACUCUUUGCAUCUGCGGAUGAUAGCCGUACGAUCAGUUUCAACGAAGAAACUCAUCGUUUGUUCUUUGGAUCGAGAAAUAAUGUGCCGCUCAACGAGGGUGAUCCUGUUCCCACGGGAUCAUAUAGUGCAGCGCUCAAUGGAUUCGAAUAUGAUUCUGAAGAAUUUGGAUUCUGCCUUCUACGCCCAUUCGCACUAGGACCGAACCUUGUCGACGAGGAUGCGGAGUGA